AUGAUGAUCCGAUUCCUGCUGCUCUUAGCAUUGAGUCUGGGCGCUACAGUCUCAGCAUUCCCGCAGAAUGAAGUCAAUGCUGCAAACCACAAAGUCACGACAAAGACAACCGCAACCACAACUCAACCUAGUCAAGCCCAUACCAAGACCAUCCAUACCAAGACCAUCCAUACCAAGACCAUCCAUACCAAGACAGCCACCAAGACGACUCACAAGCCAACAGGAACACCCUGUGCUGGCAACACAGCUAAAACCAGGUCUAAAUGGUGCAAAUACGAUAUCAACACGGACUACACCGAGAUCGUGCCAGACACAGGCGUGACUCGCGAGUACUGGAUGAAUCUCGAGGAUCUCACCUUAGCACCAGAUGGCUUCAGCCGUCCAGUGAUGACCAUCAAUGGCACAAUCCCCGGCCCUACCAUCUUCGCAGACUGGGGCGACUGGGUCGUCGUACAUGUCAAAAAUAGCCUGACAACAUCUAAAAAUGGCACCAGCAUUCAUUGGCACGGUAUCAGACAGAACUACACCAAUGGCAACGACGGUGUGGUCUCAAUCACCCAGUGCCCCACUGCGCCUGGCUCGACCGUUACCUACAAAUGGCGCGCGGUGCAGUACGGCUCCUCGUGGUAUCAUUCCCAUAUUGGCCUGCAGGCUUGGGAGGGUGUCUUUGGUGGGAUUGUGAUCAAUGGUCCUGCCACUGCAAACUACGACGUUGACAAGGGCAGUCUGUUCCUGUCCGAUUGGUCGCACCCGACUGUCGACGAGCUCUAUUUGAGUGCUCAGACUGUCGGUCCCCCUACAAUGGAUACCGGCCUAAUUAACGGCACUAAUGUUUUUGGAAAUGGCACCCAAGCUACUGGCAAACGGUUCCAGUUGAAGGUCAAUCAGGGAUCUUCGUAUCGGCUGAGGAUUGUUAACGCGGCCGUCGAUACACACUUUAAAUUCAUGAUUGAUAAUCAUACUCUGACCGUUAUUGGCACGGACUUCGUGCCUAUCAAGCCUUUCCAGGCGGAUUAUAUCGAUAUCGGAAUGGGCCAACGCUACGACGUAAUUGUAACAGCCAACCAACGUCGAGUUUCCGAUUCCUUCUGGAUCCGCGCAAUCCCACAAGAAGCCUGUUCUGAAAACGCCAGUCCAGAAAACAUCAGAGGAAUACUGUACUACGGCACCCAACCUAGAACACCAACAACAAGCGCGUUGGCAUUUGUCGAUGGCUGCGUCGACGAACCAGCCGCCAGUCUCGUCCCACAAGUCCCGAAGACCGUCUCCGCAGCAUCCUGGAGCAACAUGACAGACGUGACGGUGGCGAAGAACUCGGCGAAUCUCUUCCGCUGGUAUCUGAACAGCACAACGAUGCAAGUCCUCUGGGAAGACCCGACUCUACUGCAACUAUUCAACAGCGCGAGCACGCCCGACUUCAGCAAUUCAAGCGGCGUCAUUGAGCUCCCGAGGGCAGACGAGUGGGUUUAUCUCAUGAUCAACACGAGCAUUCCUGUUGCGCAUCCAGUUCAUUUGCAUGGGCAUGAUUUCUUUGUUUUGGCGCAGGGGACGAAUCCGUGGGAUGGGGUUGUGCAUACUGCUAAUCCGCCGCGGAGGGAUACGGCUUUACUUGUCGGAAAUGGAUUUUUGCUUAUUGCGUUUCAGACGGAUAACCCUGGUGCUUGGCUUAUGCAUUGUCAUAUUGGGUGGCAUACUGAUGAAGGGUUUGCGAUACAGUUCCUGGAGCGGGAAAGCGAGAUUGAACCGUUGAUUGAUAUUAAUGGGUUGAAGGAGAAUUGUGCUUCUUGGGAUGCUUAUGAUAAAUCGUUUAAUAUUGAGCAGGAAGAUUCGGGAAUUUAG